AUGGUCACGAAGGUCAUCUCGAAACCGAACAUUAAGGCGGAUACGUGGACGGAUACGAAAACAGACAUGGAGAUGAACAUGACGAAGCAAGGCUCAAUGGAUAUGUUUCUUAAGAGGAGAAAUAAGAAUACUAAUGAUGAGCGUCAAAUAAAUUCAAAUCCUUCAAAAUCUGACAAUGAAGACACAAAUGAAAGUGAAGCAGCUUUAUCAUCAAAAAAAAUCAAUACUUGUGCUUUGCGAGCUUCAUAUAAGGUAGCACUUCGUAUUGCUAAGGCUAAAAAACCGUAUACAAUCGGUGGGACACUCAUGGCAGGAAGUAUUAAGGAUGUGUGUUUGGAAAUGUUGGGUGAGCCGGCGGCAAAGAAAGUGGCUCAAGUGCCACUCUCAGAUCACACUAUACAUCGACGUAUUGAAGAUCUGGCUCAUGAUAUGGAAGAUCAGUUAAUAGAACAGAUUAAAAAAUCUAAGUAUUUUGAGUUGCAGUUGGACGAAUCUACGGAUGUUGCCAAUUUGGCAAUUCUUAUGGUGUAUGUGCGAUUUCAAUAUAAAGACGACUUAAAAGAAGAUUUCUUUUCUAGUUCCCUACCAACAAACGAGAGUACAUCGUUGACAAAUGUGUCCACAGAACUGAAUAGUGUUCUCAGCGAAGUUGUUAAAAUUGUUAACCAUGUGAAGGCGAACGCUUUAAAUUCAAGACUGUUUGCUGCACUGUGUGAUGGUAUGGGGGCUGAACACAAACAGCUCCUAUUGCAUACCGAUGUGCGUUGGUUGUCAAGAGGCAAAGUAUUGUCAAGAGUUUUUGAGUUGCGAAGUGAGCUCACCAAGUUUCUUCAUGACAAAAAAACAGAUUGGUCAGCACUAUUUAAAAAUAUAGAUUGGAUAGCCAGGUUAGCUUAUUUGGCAGAUAUCUUCGCCAACUUGAAUGAGCUCAACACCACCAUGCAAGGAAGGAUGGCUUCGUGCUUUACAAUGGCAGACAAAAUCGAUGGGCAGAAACGAAAGCUGGAAGUGUGGAGAAGAUGAGUAUCAGCGGAUUGCUUUGAUAUGUUUCAAAAUUUGGCAAUAACCAUCGCCGAUACAGGCGAAAAACUUGAUGUUCCAUCCCUUCGAAGGGUCAUUAGUGAACAUUUGACAAAUUCAGUCGACCGUUUUGAGCACUACUUUCCGGCAGAAGAUGAUCCACGAAUAGGUACAGGAUGGAUACGAAAUCCAUUUAUUGCUUCGAAGGCUGAUCUGGCCGUCAAUUUGGAAGAUAAAUUGUUGGAAUUAGCUGCUGACGAAGGAUUGAAGAUGGUUUUCGAAACUAUGACAUCACUUGCGUCAUUUUGGAUUCAUGUCAAAGCAGAAUACCCGGAACUUGCUGAAAUUGCUCUGAAAGCUCUACUCCCAUUUCCUUCAUCUUACCUUUGUGAGACUGGGUUUUCAACCAUGAGUAUUAUUAAGACAAAGUACAGGAACAGUUUAAAUAUUAGUUCUCCAUUGCGUGUCGCACUGUCCACAAUUGAGCCACGACUUGAUAAGCUUGUAAAUAAUAAACAGGCUCACCUCUCGCAUUAGUAAACAUCGACUUUCGUAACUUUACAAGGAAUGACACCUUCCAAUAGCAUUAAUAUAAUUUUAAUAAAACUUGACGUGCUUAUAAUAUGUCUUAUUAUUAUAACUUUACAGUUAUUACAUUUGUGAUGUUUUAUAUUACUGUUUAAUGAGGCUAUAUACAACUUGUAUAAUAAAAACAACUUAAAUUUGUUAAACAUUCAUAAAAAAUCGCUAAUAUCUGCUAUCAUUAAAUGGUAAUAGGUCAUAUAUAGACACCCGGCUAAUAAAGAAAUUCAUUUAAACAAAUUUUAAUACAUAUAUGAGAUGAUCGUAAACGAAAAAUAAU